UUGGUAGACACACCUACCACUCUGGUGGAGUUUCUGGACGGCCUUAACGAUGUCGCGACCGAUUCACCAUUACUUUACCUUGAUCUCGAGGGUGAUGAGCUCAGCAAGGACGGCACUCUUACGCUGAUCUCCGUUUUUGUACUUUCUCGGAAUUAUACCUACAUUAUCGAUGUGCAGGUCCUUGCUAAGGCAGCGUUUAACACAACUGCUAGCAGUGGUGCUACAUUCAAGUCGGUCCUGGAGUUACCAAAUAUUCUUAAAGCCCUCUUCGAUGUUCGAAAUAACUCGAACGCAUUAUUAAUCUACUAUGGUAUCGCCCUGCAGGGUCUUAUGGAAAAUGCGUCUUGUCUCGACUUCGGCCGAGGAAAUAGUUUUCGGAGAUUUGUCGCUAGCCUAGCAAAGUGCAUCGAGCGUGACGCUGCUCUUGAGUAUAAGGACCUGGCUGCUUGGAAAGCUUCGAAGAGCAAGAUGUCGGCAAGGUUCGACGCGACUAGGGGUACUGCUGCACUCUACGUCUUCGCACAGCGACCGCUUGACGCGGAAGCUUUGCGAUACUGCGCUGAUGAUGUGCGAAUACUCCCUCGUCUUCGGAGUGUCUAUUGGGCUCGGCUUACUCCGGCCUGGAGAAGCAAGGUAGAAAGGGAGACUGCUCAGCGUGUGCAGCUAUCGCAGACAGUUUCGUAUGUGCCCAAGGGUGGCCACAAAGCCCGCGGUCCGUGGUGA